AUGUCUCAACCACAGAAAAUCAAGGUCACUCUUCAGCAAAUAGCGAAGAUGAUCGACCACUCUCUUCUUCACCCGACCAUGACGGAUGCAGAAAUCCAGAGCGGACUCGAGAUCGCAAAGGAGUAUGGUACCGCAACGGCGUGCGUCAAGCCAUACGCGAUCCCUCAAGCAAAAGCCGCCCUAGCCGGUUCGGGCGUCCUUGUGUGUCCUGUCAUCGGGUUCCCAGCAGGCAAUAGCACGGUGGAGGUGAAAGUGUUUGAAGCCGAGAAGGCCAUCGAGGCCGGCGGAGACGAGAUCGACAUGGUGGUCAACAUCGGCAAAGUGCUCAGCGGCGACUGGGACUACGUGUGGGAGGAGAUACGCACGAUCAACAGCGCAGUGACGAGCAAAGGCGCGAUUUUGAAGGUCAUUUUCGAGAAUGAUUUCCUGCAGGACGAGCACAUUGUCAAAUUGUGCGAGAUCUGCUCGUCACUGGACGUCGCCUUCGUCAAGACCUCGACGGGGUACGGGUUCGUCAAGCAGGCAAGUAGUGGGCUUUACACCUACAAGGGAGCGACCGUACCGCAUCUGAAGCUGAUGCGGAAGCACUCAAAGCCGAGCGUGCAAAUCAAAGCCGCUGGAGGCGUGAGGACACUUGAUGAUCUGCUUUAUGUUAUGUCCCUGGGUGUCACGAGGAUAGGGGCUACUGCGACUGCAAGUAUCAUCUCUGAAGCAAAGAGUAGGGGCAUCGGCGCUGAGCCUGUGCAGGUGGAGGUCAAGCCGAUGGCUGGGGCAGAUGGUGCACCAGCAUACUAA